ACAGCUGGACGAGCUCGUGGCGGUGAUGGAGUAACAAUGCAGCACUGCACGAGACAGACUUGACUGGGAGAGCGAGCGUUCCCAGGCCGAUUCAGAGCUAAUAACGGCCGCACUGGAUUUCAAUUAGUUUUACUUAGAGAUAAAAAAAAAAAAAAAUAAAGUAUACCUCGCUGUCUCCCGACACAACAACACAGUUUUCCCCCGCCGGAGCCGCGUGGAGGUGAUCGUUUCGGGCCACCGCCGGGAGGUGUGUGUCGGAGGCGUCCGUGGAUUAACAUCAAGUUACCGAAAAAACUUGUCAUCAGUCACCUCGGCCACGGAGAGGCUAAAAGCACAUAUCUGUGUUGUACCUGCCAUCCGUUCUGCCAGGAUACCAGGCAAACUCAGUGGAAAUUCAGAUGUCAGUCACCUGCAGUUAAAUGCUAGUACUUGAGCAGAGAGUGCUUGGCUGGCCAAAGAGAAAAAAGAAGAAAGGGGCUGUUCCUGGUGCCAGGGGAGAGGUUGACCACAGGGGUGGUUGGAGAUGUCUCUGUGGAUGAUACUGCCUGUCAGCCUCCCAGCUCUGACCAUCACUGGGAUAUGGGUUGUGUAUGCCAUGGCCCUGUACAACCAGCAUGUCUGCCCUGUGGAUAACUGGUUAUACAACCAGUCAUGUGAAGAGGAGCUUUAUUUGCAGAGUGGGCCAACAUUGUGCUGCACCCUGGACAAUGUACCUCUCAUCAGUAAAUGUGGGACCCUUCCCCCUGAGAGCUGCUUCUUCAGCCUUAUCUGCAGCAUGGGUUCGUUUAUGGUGAUGGUGAUUGUGCUGCUGCGCUAUGCCCACGUCAUUGAGAAGCACCAGAACUGUGUUCUGAAUACAGCGAGUCUCUCCACGGGCUGGAUCUGUGCAGCUGGACUCAUCAUGGUGGGAAAUUUCCAGGUGGAUAAUGCCAAAGUCCUCCACUAUGUCGGAGCAGGUGUUGCCUUCCCCACCAGCAUGCUGUUUGUGUGCUUGCAGUCGGCACUUACUUACCGCCUGGCUAAGACACAGGGGGAAUACAGCGUGGCCCACCUCCGGCUGGCCAUGACCCUGCUGGCCUUCGUAGCCUUGGUGCUCAGUGGUGUAUUCUUCGUUCAGGAGAGCUUCACCCUGCAGCACGCGUCAGCCAUCUUUGAGUGGGUGUUCUGUGUCAUUGUCAUGCUGUUCUAUGGGACAUUCGCCUUUGAGUUUUCCAGCAUGUCUGGAGAUACCAUGAUGGUACUGGCUCGAGGAGGUGCUCUGGGCCCUGCUGGGAGAGAACAUAAGAUGGAGGCACUGGGAGGGCCUAACCUGCACCCACACCCACACCCCCCUGAAAACAUGUCCAUGCUGUAGCCCUAAGGCAGAACAUGAGGCCACAGAGCUGGCUUGUGUACUCUUAUCAAACUUGGGUUGUGGAAUGAGUUUAAUUAUUCAUUUCCAACUGCACCAGUAUGAGGGACUUAAGUCAACUAUGCCAGUACAGUAGCCUUACUAGGCAGAGGGGAUUCUACUAUUUCAACUUGGCCCAGGGGUAUGGAGCUGUGAGCACAGGCUUGUAUUGUACCUAUAUCAAAGCCUUGUAUUCUCACAGACCCUGCUUGCAUUUUGCACAUUGCCACAUGAGGAACCAACUCUUCUUCCCAUUCAGCCCCCUCUCUGUGACCAGCAAUGGGGGAUUUUGUCAAUCAGAUUUUAAAAAAGUACUGUACCUUGGGCUGAGGUUCUCUAACCUGCCUAGAGACCACAAGAAGCGGCCUUGAACCAUUUCUACUUCAGGUGAUUGCCGUGAUGUCUUCAUACUAUGAUCGAGCUCGUGGUAAAGGAGUACAGGCUGCUGGACAGCCUAGCUGAACAAUGGUAGAAUGAUUAAGGCUGUAUUAAGGUAGUGCGAUGAAAAAUGGAGCAAGAGAAAGGAGAUGGUGUAUGAGUGUUAAAAUGGAAGCAAGGACAGACCUUGGGCUUGAUUACUCCUUUUAAGAGAAUGGAUGAAUGCAAUUCAAUGAAAGAGUCAGCCAGUCUCUCUAUUGGUGAGUAUAUGAAGGUUUUACUUACUUACUAGAGAUAAAACGGGACAAAUGUCUGCAUUCUGCAAUCAUUUCUGACUUGUGCCACUAACCUUACAUUUGAACAUCAGCUCAAGGUUCCCUCAAAAUACUCAAACUGAAGAAUCACUACUUUGGAACCAUCCAUUGCUGGCUGUACAGGAACCAAAUACAUUUCUGUCCAUGUCUGGAUGCUUUGAGUAACAUGCCCUUACAUUUUUCUGUCUGGAGUUACGAGCAGAGUAGUCAUUGUGCCUUAUGAGUCCAAACUGAAUAUGCUGACUGUCUGGAAACAAUGUCAGCUUUUCUUCCUGAAUGUCAGAACCGAUACACUAACAAAAAUCAAACCUCUAGUGUGAUUUUCUCUGCCAAAGAAAAAAGAGGAGAGAUGACAAAUGUAGUAGAGUCUAGAGUCCAAAUGCAUGCUAGCUAAUACAAGCCAGAGCACCGGGCUUAUCGAGUUUGAUGACAGGAAAUCACAAGUGUUUUCAAGAUCUUUGGAUGAAGGCUCACAUCUUGUUCUGUCCCAACAAGAAAGAUCGGAAGGAUAUGCUCUGUGUUUGCCUACUUUCACUGCUCAGUUUCCCUUGCUCUUAGGCAGGGUUAUGCAAACCGCUGUUUAAAAUGUCCAUCAGGACCAAGAAAAAAGGAAGGAUGUGUUAUGUAGACUCAGUAAGGCGUCAUCAUUUGGGAUCCACUGCCCUGCCUCUAUGUUACAGUAUGUGCCAAAUUUCUGCUCACCUGAGACACCGGUGCUAAAACACAAAUGGCGUGGCCCUCUCCGCUUUUCUUAAGAUGGGUUUUGAUUAUAUAGUUUGAUAAAUGAAAGCAAUAGGAUGCAGACAUCCAAUCUCAACGUCCGUCAUCACUGAUAAUGGGAGAGAAGGUGGCACGAAGGUCUAUACAGCUUCAACUAGAGCCAUGUCUGCACUACAGUGCCAAAUAUCAGUGAACAAGUAUUAGACCUAUAGUGGUAUUUCUGUUAAAAAUCAAUAGUAAAUAGUUAAAUCCCUCUCAUACCUACACUGACUUGACAUUUUGAGAUUGAAGAAUUGACUUUGUAAACACAGUUUACAGUUUCUUGGUGAGGCAUCAUUCAUUUUUUUUUCUCAAUUGUCAUCAUAUUUAGCAUGUUCUUAACAUCUCAGAGCGAUCUUAGAUUAAUCAGACAAUAUUCAGAGCAUGUUCUGAGCUCUCUGGACAACAGUAGUAAUCUUGUUAGUUGGCCAGUUACCGUUCCACACCGUAACACUUCUUCAUACUACAGCUAGUCAAAGGCUAGACAGAGGGUUUCCCCCCUAUAUUUGUUGUGGCAGGGUGGCCUGAUGACUGUUCUUCAGCUCUCCAAUUUGAUGAUCUGGGAAUAAGGCCUAUAGUAGAAAGCGUCUACAUUUCACCAGCUUUUUCAUCUUUGUUUUGUCAUUUCUACCAUUUUGCAAAUCCCCUCCUAUUUUUUUUCCUGUUCCCCACAGUGGAGCUGAACUAUUCUCAUUUACUGUUAGCCCAACAAGACUUAACUGGAAAUGCUGAUGCAUGUUACACUGUGGGAUGUGCCCGGAGGGUCAAAUGACACUAACCAAGGCAUUGAUCACUACCUCCCUCUACUGGUCGAAUUGCUUAUUGCAUACUGAGUAUGUAUUGUAGUCAUUGAGUUGUAAUGUUACCACUGUAGUAGUAAAGCUGAAAGCAGGUCUAGUUAUACACAAUUGUAUAUGCAGUCUUGCAUAACCUAUAGGCAGGCCAGUUCCAUUCGUUAUUUCAAAUUUUGAUGAGUGUCACUUCAAAAAGCUAAUGACAAAGCUUGAAUAAAGAAAAACACUUGUACGAGUGUUAGAGUUGGCUGAACUCUGGCAAGUCUAACCCACUCUGUGUUCCUGGUUAAAAUCUUUAGAGUGUUCCACCUUGCACCACCUUAAAGUAAAAUAUGGCCUUGUGGCUACACUGUACCCUCAUAUUAUGCAUUGAUAUGAAAAUACGAUUAGAGUAGUUUGAUGCAUUUUACAUUUUAAGUGUUAACCAAAUUGUGGUGCUAUUCAUAUUGUUCCAGCAAGACUCAUUUUACUGUAUUUCAGUAUUUUCACUUAUUACUUUUACUUCAUGCAUUAUGCAUGUUAAGGAUCUAUGCAUAAUGUCUUAUUUUCCUUUUCCGCCAUGCUACACAAAUAAUUUGGAAAAAGAUUGUGUUGCCCCUGAGACACUUAAUUGCCAGCUUGCUCUCCAUGUCUUGAAUUCAUGUCUGCCUCUCUGCCAUUUCAUUUAUACCAAGACCCUCUUUCUAUCUUUUUCUUCUUGUUUACUGAUCUAUGUUCGAUAUUUGCACUCAGGAGAAUAUGUUACAACACCAGCUGCAAUCUUUGAUUCAAAGCAGAAUGAAGUCUGUUUGCUUCUGCCUUCUGUUUUCAUUGUUUUGUAUGGAAUUUGUUUUAUGUUCGGAAUACACUAUGUAUAUUUGAUGUGUAAUAACGUGUUGAUUUUUGGGACCUUGCUUUUACACAUCUGUUGAUUUUGCAUUUUGACAUGGCUGAUUCUAUAGAGCCUGACAGUAAACAUUCCUGUAUAGCUAGCUUGUGAGAUUAUGCUGCUCACAGAUGUGGUUGGAUAUCUGCAAGCAAAACUAGCCUACUCAUGCUGUUGGUAGAUAAUUGAUGAGAGCAUCCUGACAAAGUAACUGGGAUCUCUAAACCUCACAAAUAUCUAUUAUCUUAAACUGUCAUACUCAAGUGAAAUGCAAAAAUACCCCUGUGCCUUAUUUUGUAUAACAAAAACCAAAGAGGUUUAGGUUGUAAAUUCUAUUUUAAUGAAAGAUAAUUGUAUAUAUGCCUUAAUGUUCAACAAAUAAAACUAUGU